CCAAACAAACCAACAGUCCGUCCCCUAUACAGUAAAAAAUAUCCAUAAAUAUGAGUGAAAUCACAAUGAAAUCUUACCGUUCAUAACUCUACGGCUUUGGAAGUCUGGCAUAGGGUUAUGGGGGGUGGGAACUAUGUAUUAGGCCCUGGGUAUAUGUGAAAUCACUGGUGGUCUCCGUAAUGAGGUGACAUGAGGUGCAACAUACCCAGCUGCAUACCCGGCGAUGGGGAAGAAGCCGUCAGACACCAACGGAGAUACCACAAGCCCACUGUCUUCAACCCCCCCAAACCACCAACGCCAUUGCUAGUAAAACUUAAGGCCAAGUUGUUAAGUAUCAUGAGUGAUAUCAAAGGGAAUUUAACAACGAUCUACAAUAGCACUUACUACUGGGGCAUAGUGAAGAGUGUCACAAUGUUCGUGCUGGGAAUGAAGUUGUUCUACGACAUCGCUGCGAAACUCGCUGCGGACUGUGAGGCCGAACGGGAGGCCAGGCGGCAGAAACAACAACUGAGGGAACUAUGCGAGGAAUGGGAAAAAUCACAUAAUAUGAAAAUUGUCAACUAUCACGAAUGA